AUGUCGCUGGACAUCCCUCGCCUGCAUAUGAUGUGUAACAGGCUUGGACGCGAAUACACGCCGGCAGACUGCGUCACUGAGGAGGUCGCGCCCGAACUUAAAAGCCAGUUGUGUGCAGUGCAAGAGGCCUACGCAUCGCUGGAGUCCAAGUUUGCCCAUCUGAGUUUCGAGUUCGCAUCGGUGGCGGAACGCGCAUCAUUUCAGCCUGCGGAGCGACGACAAACAAAGUCUCCUUCUGAAUCAUCCCCCGGACGAGAGAAGGAGGCGGAGGAGAAGGAAGAAGGGGGUCUAAAGGAAGAUGUGAGUCCGGAAGUUUCGCCUUCAUAACGUCGUUGAGGUGAAAGGCAUAGUGGGGGAAUGCGACCCAACCCCUAGAGCAUUUUUGUGGGAUCGAGCUCGUUAUCUUGAAAUGUCUUCUUUCCAAAAAUCGCGAUGCAAAAUGCAAUGCACAGUUUACCAAGGAGGGAAUGUCACGGUCCUUUCGAAUUAAGGGCAGAUCAGUCAACUUGAAGUUGGUCCAAAGAGCGAUAUUUAACUCCAGCGCCUUUCUACGGGUGUUAAAUUGUGACAGGUAGAUUUCCUGGACUCUGGGAUUUCCGUUUUAAUGGCUCGCUGGUUUUCAGUCGUUUUUUGCGCGCAAAUAAUUUUUGCCUGAGCGGCCUGGAGACCUUUAUUGCGUGUAUGUGGUGAUUCUCUCGGGAUUACAUCUCCGACGUCUAGUAAUGGCCGCCAACGGCCUUACAAGCAGAAAGGAAUACUCUCGUUCCCUCCCACCCUCUAUCUGGGGUGUUUCAUCUAACCACGAGACAGGCGAGACGCCAUUCGCACGUGACUUUGAGUAUUCCUAAUCACAGCCGGUGAGAAAUUAGCCAUGUGUAAAGCGACAGAAAGUUGGGCUCAUCUUUCAGGUAUUCACGAAUUAUGAUGAAGAUUUGGCCGACUGAUAUCGGCAAAUAGGCCAACAGUGGACUUUCUAUCGACCUCCUCUUCUCAGCAUUCCUCCUACAAUGUAACUCGUAACUUUAUCUACUGUGUUACCUUAUUGAGACUGAUAAACAUUAAAAGCAUUCAUUGAGGCUAGAGGAGUUUUGGGCCUGUCGGAGGGGGACAUUGGUCGCAUUGCGUAAACCCAAACGCCUACGGAAUAAGUUAGAGCCUGCCCAAAGACAUAUGUAAUAAAACGGCCGCCAUACAGAAUGUUAAACUUCUUUUUUCACGCGUGGUCUUAUCAAGCACGCUUUUGCAAUUGAAACCUCACUUGACGAGGCGUGCAAUUGUGCAGAUUCUAUGCUCAGCAAUGAGUCUUCUUAUUUCCAAAUGUGGGCUGUCAAAUCAGUCGGCAUAGCUGUCUUCCUCCUCUCCCCCUCCCCUGAAACAAUAUUUCUCUGUUAUCGGUCCGAAUGCCCUGGGACACUGGGGACAGGUGAUGCGCCUGUAACGGGUUCAUCAGUGUUAUUACGCUGAGGGCGUCAAAGUGAAUCCUAGCUUCCCGUCCAAUUUCAGUCUCCCCAUUCUGGUUCCACUUUCACAGUUUCACGUGACCAGCACUUGCGUAAGAAUAAAACUACUUGAAUUUCGACCGCAAAUCAUCCCAGCCGCGGCCGUGAACCACAGACCGAAAAACGUCAGUAAUUAGUACUGCCUCUUUUUUGUAUUCAUUUUCGGCGCCGUUUCAAAUCGAUUGGCAGUUUGUAGAAAGAAUACACGACAAUUCACUUCCCAAGCAUGCUUUACAGGAAGGUACGUUUUCCUUAUAUUGUGGGUCCUUGUUGAAGAAGGAGACUUGACUUCAAAAACCUUUUUUAGUACCGCAUACUUUUAAAUAUAACCUACGUUGGCAUUAGUGAUUAAUGCUUCCAGACUGCCUGAUACAUGUCAAUAAAAACAAACUGGCAUUACCGUACGUAUUCCAAAAUGAACUCCUGGAGUUCACAAAAAUAAUCAACAUGCAUUAAUCACCUUGCAUGACUUGUGAACAGCAGUUCUCCACAUGAGGGCAGUAGAUGCGUCUGAAACUUGAAACCAGAUAAUCUAUCUUCUUUAAGACUUAAAAGUUGGAAGAAAUUACUGCUUCUUAUAAAUAUGGUAAAAGAGCCAGGUUUUUCGAGCAUCUUUCCCCGAAGUUGCGACUGAAUUUUUGUAGACAUGAUACGCCAAGCGAGUAUCGAUUUUUUAAUAUUGAUGUUUCCUGUAUUUUCCUUGUACAGUAACAAAAAGGUCAUUCAAAAAUCCCCUUGCUACGACGUGAGAAUUUACUCGUGACCGCAAUUAUAUUACUCGGGUUUUCGGCCACAUCUUUACUAUCCUUCCCAUUUGAAAGAGUUUAAGUACGUUUAAACCAUUGUUUCACAAGUUCCAACAGACACCUGACGGAUGCACAUACUGAUCCCGACCGCAUUAAACGGUCUGCAACGGUUCGGAACAGGAUGCUUAGGAAAGAAGAAAAAGCGAACGAGAUCACGGCAACAGAAUGAGGUACUUGCACAUAUACUUCGCAACAGCUUUCACAAAAAAAUCACCCAGUUACCAGAUAGUUUUAGGCGUCAGCCUGUACUUUUGAGAGCUGAAUAUUCAGUUCGUGAUAGCACAGUCUAAAUAUCAGACACGGAAAUGAACUAAAAAAUAAUGAAGGUAAUUACAGAACAACAGGCUGACCAGAGCGAACGACCACAUCCACAGUGCGCCUCAUUUUAAGAUUGGCGCAGGCCGCUGAUUUCCGCGUGAAUUAGUUUACGGUGAUUGUAGACUUCCACAGCAUCUACCGCACUCUCUCCUCCCCCACCUGGACCCGGUGUCAAGACAUAGUCAAGAAGACCGUAAGCGGAGAAGGGCGCAGGUGGCUGGCACGGCUGGACCCGAACCUAGACGUGACACCACAUUCCCUGGUUUACAACGGACAUCGGUCAGAAUUUUGUACUGCAAUAAGAAAGAGGGGCGGCUCAGGUGAGCCGGUAACUGGGUCUGCCACUGCAUCCUGAAUAUUAGUAUUUGUUAUGGGGACGCAUUCCCGAUAACGCCUGCUAGAAACCAAUGUGCCCCCCCCCCGUAGGUCCAGCGCAUCUACGACUUUGUCCAUUUUGGGGUCACACAUGCACAAAUUACUGACCAUCGAGGACCAAGUUACCCCGUCAGCUGACAGCCUUCCAAAUCACAACGUUUAGGACGUUGGGUUACUAUGAUAAAGAAUGCGCUGGCGUGUCGUCGGGAUGGAGAUCCCGGAGCUAACCUAACCCCCGUCCCUGCCCCGUGAACCAAUGACUGUCCCAGCCUGUCAGUUAUCCUGGCUCAGCGACUGACUAAGCAGUAGGAGCCCGUCCACACACACACACACACACACACACACACACAACCUAUUCGGACACCAGCUUGCACUGACGAACAUACUUCCCACUAACGUGAACGCUACAUGUUCUUCCCCUGCGUCAGGUAUUGCGAAGUGGGAUCAUGCGUGACGUAUAAUCUGGUCGAGUGAGGUGUGGUAUGAGGGUUGGGACCGCGGUGUUUAGCCCCGAGUCUUUUUAAAGGCGCAUUGUGGGCAAUGCAGGCAGUUUGAAAGGGUGCGACGUGUUUUUUGGUGCUCCUGACACUAGCUUACCAGUCCCCCUGCGAUGGAUUCACGGGUGACCGACCAGACCAACGCGUCAUGUAAAUGUGCGGCGGCAGUGUGAAUAGGACAGGUUCGUAGCCACUGAGGUGAUAGUAGUGGCGCUGCUGUUAAUGAUCUCAACUCUGAUGGUGGGGAGGAGGGUUGGUAGGGCUAGCUCGGGGGAGGGGGUUCGAGUGUGCGAAGCAGGUUCGGCGUGUCGAAAUUGCGGCAAAUUUCACUGUCGUGGGUGCAAAUAUGGCCGAAAAGACUCAUUUGCCCUCGAAUGUUCUGGGACAUUGUGGACAGGUGUUGAGCAUGUGAACGGUGUCUGUUGAGGCUUCAGCCGUUGGUUCACCGGUCUCAGUGCGAUGGAUUCACUAGUGCCUGACCAGUCCAGGGUGAGAUGUAAAGGCGCAAUCACCACAGGAGAGAGUUAGGUCCGAGUCCGGAUCACUGCUGCAAGGGUGAUAUGGUGCUGCUGUUGCUGAUGACGACGAUGAUUAUUGUUACCGCGGUGGUGGUAGUAGUAGUAGUAGUAGUAGUAGUAGUAGUAGUAGUAGUAGUAGUUGUAGUUGUAGUAUCAACGAUGUGGACACUGAUUUCAAAUAAGGACCUGCCAAAGGUAGAUGCAUGCGUCAGUACCGCAGAUGCAACCACUAAAACCUUCUCUAUAUAUGAUAAUGUCUUUCGGCCUAUAUAAAUAGGUAAAAAGAAGAGUCACAAUGAAGGUUUUUAUGUCAACAUACGAGCCCCUUGUCUAGGACGUACAAAGAAUAUACGCGAUACACCAAUUCCUUCUACACACACCAGAUCGGGGGAUCGUCAGUUUGUUUCUUUUUGUGGGAAAGUCCCUUACACCAAAGUAUAUUGAGUAUUUAUGACAGAAAUGUCAAAAAUGAGCUAAUAUGAGCAAUCUCUAUUGGAAUCAUUUGUUUUUUCUAUCCGGAAUGCUUUGUCAAAGUCCGAAGGACACGCGGAGCUGCAAGUGGGAGGUUCAAAAUGCCUCGACAGACUUUUUCUUACUGGAAAUUUCAAUCAUGUCUACAUUUGAGUUUGAAGUAAGUUGUGCGUAAUUAUUUCGUCCAGCCAGAACCAAUGGGUAAUGGGAUGCACAACACCAGCCGCUAACCUCAUCAAUACAUUUUCUUCGAUUUUUGUUCUCAGUCAUCUUAAACCUUCCAGAAAAUCGAUGAACAUUGCAGGGUCGAUGGAUCUACUGCUUGUCUUUUUAUAUACGCUAACUGCAAGUCCCCAUUCGACCUAUAAGAGGAAUCUCCCUGCCACAGAAAAGCGGCGCCUACUCAAUUGAAGGUGGAGGAAUUAGCAAUAAUUGUUUGGCCUGCGCAGAUGUAGGCUGAGGCGGUCAACCCGCUCCUCAAAAGCGGAACCCCUGUAAUCGGGGUAGUUCUUGUUGACGCUGGCAGAUGACUCAGCGACCGUCGUGCUAGCGUCCUCCACCCCACCCCACCACCCGAAAAAAGAAAUACCUUCAACUCAAAUGGAACGACAAAAGUCGUUUUGAGUCCAGACGAGGUUUGAAGGAGAGGGUUAUUCCGCUCUAGGGAUGGCGAUAUCCCGAAAGAGAUUAAUCGCCUAACUGGGCCGUCUCGAUGUUGUGGAAACACAGAGUACAGCCGUUUCGCAAAUAAAUAAUCAUAAAAGUUCUAAUAUGGGUGAUGCUGAGAACGGCACAUCGAAACGUAUCAUUGCAAAGUUAUAAUAUUACACAAUUUUCCAUCCCCUUCUUACUACCUGAGUUACUUUGUUUACUAAUGUCUUUGUACUGCUUGCAUUUCUACAGCCACCUACCCAUCUCGUCAGCUAGCUCUCGGUAACAUUCCGUAAUACUGUCUCAAUGCUAACCCUGCCUAUUAAUCUCUUAACUUUUGGUGGUGUAACCGGCAAACCUGUGCUCGUCUAAAACGGUCCUUAGGGAGAUGCGUAAAAAUACACUUUUUUCCUCAGAAUAUCACAUUCCGUGCCUUUUCCGUCCCAAUUUAGUCCUCACCGCGUCAGGGCCUGCCCAAUAUGUGUCGUUGUGCGAAACCGAAUGAAAGACUCCUUCCGAACCUUCGAAAAGUUAAACGGUCUUCAAAGAAAAAACAACUUCCUGAACAACAUAUUUAG